AAAUUAAUCAAAAGCAUCACGCAAAGUUUAUGUUUAAUUUUUUAGUAAAUAAAUGCAGUUGACUUUUUGAUAUCGAGUAAUUUAGACUAGCGAGUUAAUAUUUUAUUAAAUAGUUAAUAUGCUGACCUAACCAAAUGAAUGAAUUUUAAAAAUUUAAUUUUUUAAAGUUCCAAUGCUUAAAUUAAAUUUAACCUCUUUUGGAGAUUAAUUCAAAGCGAAAUAAAUUUAAAGAAAAGUCAGAUAAAAAAGAAGAGAAAAAAAAGAGAAGAAAUUUCGAGUAAAAUGUGGUUGGAAGAUAUAAUGGUUCUUAUUUGUAACGAGUCGUGAAAACGUUGCCAUACGAUCUAUUCUAAUACCGGUAAAUAAAUACAAUCGUCGCUGCUUCAAUACAAAAAGCUACAGAAGAGAAAAUUUCAUUUUUCAUUAUUCGCGGGCUUAAAAAAAGGUCACAAUAAUACAUCUCCAAGCAUGACUCACGUAAAAUCAGCACCGAAAACCACUCGAGCGCGAAAAAACUCUCUCGCGUUCGAGCCGAAAAACGCCAAGGACAUAAAAUACGCAGAUGCUCAAAUCGAAAGAGAAAAAAAAAAGCACAAAAUAAAUUUUCACGACAAAACCAAAUUUUUCACUCUAAGGAAGAAAAAAUAAAAUAUUUCUUUCUCACCCACCAUAUUGGAGAUAGUAUCGCCAAAUUUAGUAACCCUCCCCAACUCAUCUAGUGGAAAAAAGUUCGGGUUUACUCUGCUCUUCCAUUUGGCUGAAAGCGCGGCUAUUGGUCGAAUCUGAUUAUCCAAGGAGGCUCAAUUAUGCCACACGAUGGUAAAGCAAGACACAGUGUACAAGAAUUAAUAUCAUUCGCCACCGUAGGCUUUUACUGGCGCUAGUGCUCUAUCUUGACUAGCUUUUUGAAAGCUAUCACAUUCGUAAUUAAAUAUUUUGGAAGUCAACUUAUUUUUUUAUAAUUAUUAAUUAUCAAGAACCCACUAAAAAUAAUAUCAAUGUUUGAAAGAAGAGUUGUGCGGUGAUUUGCUGCAAAGAUAAAAAUCGUCUGCAAAGUCUUUGUUUUUAUUCCUGUUGUCAUACAAGUCAAACAACGUGUUGUUUACUAAAGUUCUGGCGCCGGCCGUGCAGUUAAACUUCAUUAUGGACUUGAGCACGGCUUAUCGCUAUAAUGCUAGUAUGAUGGAAUAUUACUCAUGCCAUGGUGGCGUGAACCAGUUGGGCGGCGUAUUCGUGAAUGGGCGGCCCCUGCCGGACGUUGUCCGUCAGAGGAUAGUAGAGUUGGCCCAUCAAGGCGUCCGGCCCUGCGACAUCAGCAGGCAGCUGAGGGUCUCCCACGGAUGCGUCUCCAAGAUACUAGGAAGGUACUACGAGACGGGGUCUAUAAAGCCGGGAGUGAUCGGGGGAAGCAAACCAAAAGUGGCAACUCCGAAGGUAGUGGACGCCAUCGCCAACUACAAGAAACAAAAUCCGACCAUGUUCGCCUGGGAGAUCAGGGAUCGGCUGCUCGCUGAUGGCGUCUGCGACCAGGACAACAUACCUUCCGUCAGUUCCAUCAAUAGGAUCGUAAGGAAUAAAGCAGCCGAAAAAGCGAAACAAGUUGGUGCCUCUGGCCAUAUGAACGGGGGUCACAGUCCCCAGCCUUCUUCCAAUACUACUUCCGUCAUAGCACACGCUCCCCCCGCCCAUGAGGGGCAGCCCCAGCUCCAUCGUCCUUCCUACUCCAUCAAUGGAAUCCUGGGCAUCCCGAAUCCUUCCGCCGCUGCACCGCAGCACAACCAAGAUCAUAAUGUAACGCAUAAAAGAAAAAGGGACGACGGUGUUGGAAACGACAGUCGAGAUUUAAAUGGUGAUAUACACGAUGAAGAAUCCAAAAGACAAAGAUCGCAAUACAACGGAGACCAACUAUAUACAACGCAAAUGUGGCCGAAAUGGCCAAAACAAGACGAACUGAAAGCAGGGGCUAUGGUACCGGACCUUACAGCAGCAGCUGUUGCUGGUGGUGCUCCUUAUACCUUGCAACAGUUCCCAACCACACCCGAACAAGCUUUCACGCCAGUCGUCACUACCACAUCUUCCAACGAACACAUAAAAGCCGAAAUCUCACCUUACGACGCAGCCAUGAGUGCGAUGACGUCACAAGUGCAAUCCUCGGCAGUAUAUUCCCCACCUUUAGAUCAAUGUAAUAGGCCGCCUUCAUUAGUUGGCCCUUUCGUCUCCUCCUCAACAAGUUCAGGACUAGGCGGCCUUAGUUUACAAGACAAAUCUUUACUGGGCGUAACGGGGUCUUUAUUGGACCCUUCAACCCUUUCACAUCAUUACCAACAAGUAGUGGGAGGUGAGGUGUGCAGCCGUUCCUCCACCCCAAGGAACGUCGAACACCAGCACGUGGUCUCCUCCUCUGAAGCUCCCUCCUCAACCCCCAUGUCAUCUUCCUGCCUCACACUCCUGCAACCUCUGCAUGCCUCCGCCUCCUCUUUGGACCCUUAUGCCUCAACUUUUUCCCCAACGCAAUUCCAAGUAACGGGACCAGGGGCAGGAGGUGGUGUAACUGGUGCAGAAUAUGCAGCAUACACGUCUCCCUAUACACAAUACUCACCCGCAGCAUACAGUGCGUAUGGCUACGGUUCGAGUGGAAUAAUCAACCCUUCAUACUAUUACACACCAAGUGCUGCGAGGACAACGACUGGUGCUAACCCAAGCCUAGCCGCUGCCUCUCCCAUCAGUCCGAACAACUUCAAAGCCGAACGAUGCUAGUGAACAAUUUUUAAGACAAUUCCUUCAGACGAGACAUUGGUCGUGAUUUCUAAGUGACACACAUCAGCCAACGGUUUUCUCAGUGGUGAUCCGGUUGCUAAACGAAUAUAUACGGCAGCGGAACUGACGAAAAGGACCGUUUCAUAUACAUGCCUUCAACCGACGAGCUGAUUCAGGUCUUCACAAAACGCCUGCGCUGUAUAAAAUUCUCUACGAUGAAGCUAUUUUGUUCCAAUUGGUCACUUCCAAAGUUGAUAUUGUUCCUUUUAUUGUAUUUUUAAUACUUUGAAAUCGUAAGUGAUUUCAAAUAACGUAGUCAAGACUUGUUAAUUUUGUUCGUCUUAUGAAGAUUAACUUUUAUAGAAGUGGGAUUUUUUCCUGUUUUGUUUAAAGCAAUUGAAAAAAUUAAAAGAUUAGUGGUGCUUUUAUUUAUUAGUACAAACAUAUCAUAAGAUUUGCAAAAGAAGCUGUAUCAGAUCGUUUUUAAGUGAAUUCAUUGCACAAGGUAAUGAGAUUUGGCUGGAAAUCUCUUCCUUUGGCGCAAUUUGAGCGUGAUUUGCAAUAACGGACAUAAAGGAUCUCAGUUUAGAGGGACUAUUGAUCAAGAACAUUGACACUGCUUUGGGAUAUCUACUUAAUUCUGUAUAGUGCGUUCAAUUCCGGAGUUCCAUUUUGCUACCCUGGAAACCAAAGAACUUUAAGCUUCAAAUAUUUUUUUUAAAUAUGAGGUGUAAAUGUAAAUGAUACACAGGGUAAGUUUAAAGUAGAUGAAAAAAAUGAAUGAUAUUUGUUUGUAAAUCAUUUUUAAUUAUUUUGAGACCAAAGAUUUUGUUUUCAUUUCAUCUUUUUUUUUUCCUGUGAGUGUACAAUAUACAAUAUUGAAUACAGUUUGUCUAUAUAAAUAUAUGUAAAUGUAUUUUAUGUAGUUGCUUAUUAUCCACAGAGAGUAUAUAAAUAUUUUAUAGGUGUUGUAUAGUGUUCUGCGUUCGUCAUUAGGUACUUCGAUCAAAGACAAAAUCAUGGUAAUUUUAAGGAAAUAAAUUCAUAAAAAAAUAAUCCAAAUUGUCAGUUAAAAGGCUUGUUUUAACGAUUACGCACAUUAUUUCUUUUCAUACUAAAUUAUAUGAAAUGAAAAUCAUUUAAUUUCAAAACCUAAAAUAACUUGGAAUGUGUGGUCAUCAAAAACAUUUAAGAUUUCCAUUAAAUUUAAAACUGGAAAUUAUUAUGGUUUAGGAUGUUUCGUAAUAUUUGAAUUGUUGUUUAUUUUUAAUUGAUGAAAUUAAAAAUGUGUCGCAAUCUAAUUUUGAAGGGAGAAAAAAAGAACGUUAUCCAAAUUUAAUAAAUCAUUAUUGAGGUCGAUUUUAGAAAAGAAGGGUUUAAAAUCAUUAAAAUUUUUUCAUUGUCCUAAUUCUUAGCUUCUUCCUAAAAAUGGAACUGGUUUUUUGAUUUGAUUUAUUUGUUCUAUUUCUUUAUCUUCGAUUUAAUUAAUUUCUUAUUUUCCUCUAAUUGAUCUCGAUAAUGCUCCGUCAAGUUUUGAUAAUGUUCUUGUUUUUGUUUUUACAUUUUACUAAACAUGAAUUUUCGACCCAUGUCUGCAUAUAUAUAUAUAUAUUUUUACCUCGUGUUAUAAAACGUUUUCAAACAUUUGUGUUAAAAUUGCAUGUUAUCAGUGUUGGAUUCAAAAAAUAAAUACGAAUUUAUUUAUCUGUUUAUUUUUAAUAUUUUUUCCACUACUAGGAUUAAAUAAUCUGAAAUUUAAAAAUUUUUAUUUUGAAAGUUCCUAACUAAAAUGAGGAACAUCUAGUCCUUCAAGUAUUAUAAAUGUACUUUGUUUAUUUGUAUUAGGAAAUUGAAAAUAGCUUAACUUAAUGCAAGCGUUUGUUUUACUUUUGCUUUUAGGCCUUACAUAUGAAAGAUUAUUUAACUUUUUCCUCUGCAUUUUAACUGCAUUCUAAUUGUUUGAAAAGUUGCAUGUAUCAAAUAUUGUUUAAACGUAUUAUCUUUUAAAACCUAACUAUAUAUUUUUACCAAACUUUUAUGUUUAUUAUCAGCUUUUUUAAGUUCUGCAAAAUAGUUGCCCAACAGAAAAAUCAUGCAAAUAAUCAGAGUGGUCCUAAAAUAUAUGUCAAAAAUGUAAAGGUAGGUAGAGGGAACAUAAAUAAGUAUAUUUCGGAUAGGAAUGUGUGUGCGGUAAUGACACAUUAAAGCACUAGCUUGUGGAAUCAAAGGAAACUGAAAAGACAAGUUAAAGACAAAAGAAAAUUCGAUUCCCUACCGGCUCAAGGCGGUAUUACAGCACACACAAUCCUAUACGAAAUAUGCUUAUUUAGGACCCCUCUACAUACCUUUACAUUUUUGACAUAUAUUUUAGGACCAUCCUGCAUAUUCAAAAUUCAGUGAAGAUUAACUAAAGAGUUUUGAAAUCUGUUGAUUUACAAAUUUAAUGAUGAUAUAUAUAUUGCAUAAAUGCCGAAAGUACUAUUUACAUGUACAGCAUUCGAGACUUCUUUUGUUGGGUAGACUUAAGAAUAUUACAUCUUAACUUUCAUUGAAAGUAACGUCUACGAAGCAUUUUUCUAUAAAAAGAGUUACAUCAUAAGAAUUACGGAUUGAUUUCAUAAUUGUGUAUAGUUUAUUAUUAUUGCGCGAUCGGGCAAGAAAAUGGAUAGUAUCGCUGUUAAUUAUUUAUUACGAUUAUAUUUAAUCGGAAGUUAUGUGUUUUAUAUUGUGGAUAGUAAGCAAUUGCUUACCUGUAUUUUUUUCACUUAUCUACCAUUUAUUUAAAUAAGAAGAUAUUUCAUUAAGAAUAAAAAUAAUGACAUCAUCUCUUUAAUUGUAAUAUAUUACAAAAGAUUUUUUUAUUUUUAAAAUGUAUGCAUUCAAAUUUCAAUUCAGAAAAAUCCUUUUAUACUGACUAAUUCAGGGAGUUGUUUAAUGGCCUUCAUUUUUAAUCAAACUGCGUGCUCAUUAAUUCAGUUCAACAUUUAACUUUAUCACAAAUGAUUAUUAUACAAUAUUGAUUAAGUUAUACUCAUUUAUAAUAUUAUCAAUUUCACAUUAUUAACAUAAGUGAUUCUAUUUAAAAAAAUUAAUCAACUGAAAGCAUUAUUUAUUUAUUUUUAAUACAAUAUAUCAAAACUUUACAACAUGUUACUAAGUUGUUUAUUAUAUGAGACAAUAUUUGUUUAAAUAUUUAAAAGUACUCUUUACCACCUUAAGUUUUAAUUUUAAAGUGUUCAUUUAUUGUGAGAAUAAAUUUUUAAAAAAACAACGUUUACAAAUUCACGUAUUUGUUGUGAUUUGUAAAUUAUUUAGUAUUUUUUAGGGGGGGGGGAUUUAUAAAUGUUGUCUUUGAGUUUUAUUUUAGCAAUGUAUCAUAAAUAAAUAUUUCAUUUCCUUGAAUAUUUUUUGUGAGUUAAAUUCAUAUUUACUACCAGUACAAUAUACUAGUUCAUUAUACACUGCUAGAAAAUUCAGAGCUUGUUGAAAUAUAAUAUUGUUUAAUUUUGCUGAUCCUUAAUAUGGUUCUAAGUUGAAUAUCGGAAUGUGGCUGAAAGUUGAAUUCUUUAAUGUAGUUUUAAGUUGAAUUCCUUAAUAUGGUUCUAAGUUGAAUUCCUUAAUAUGGUUCUAAGUUGAAUACUGUAAUAUGGAUCUCAGUAGAAUACCUUAAUAUGAUUCUAAGUUGAAUUCCUUAAAUGGUUUUAAAUUGAAUUCCUUUAUAUGGUUCUAAGUUGAGUUCCUUAAAUGGUUUUAAAUUGAAUUCUUUUACAUGGUUCUAUGCAGGAUUUUUUAUUAUGUUUCUAAGUUGAAUUCCUUAAAUGGUUUUAAAUUGAAUUCCUUAAAAUGGUAGUAAGUUAAACACCUUAAUAUGGUUCUAAGUUGAAUUCCAUAAUAUGGUUCUAAGUUGAACUCAUUAAUAUAAUUCUAAGUUAAACCUGAUUAUCAUAAUUUGCAAUUUUAUUACACAUUACUAUACUUCAACUUUAACGAAAAUAUGGUUAUAUUUAACAUCUUAUUAAGGUUGAGUCAAAUUUGCCCCUUAUUAGUGUUCAACAUUGAGCCGUGUUUUGUGUAUUUUAAGCUUCUUUGAAUUUGAAAAUAAAACAUUUUUACUGUAUUUCAGUACUUGAUUAUGUUUUUUUUUAUUAUUUUAUUUUGCUAAGAAAUUUUGGAACUAAAUACAAUGUUUUAUCAAAAAAUAAAUAAAAAUAUUAUUCUUGCUUUUCAGUCAAAAUCUAACAAAAUAAAUGAGCAAAACAACUCUUGGAUGGUCAGAUGAUAAUUUUUCUCUUGAGUGAUAUUUGGAAAAUAAAUAUUUUAGAAAUAAACAUUACAAAAACCUUAAUUGACAAAGAAUAUAAAAAUAACAAUUUUGUUACAUUUGUUACCGUAAAAUUUCUGAAAUUCAUUUUUUUUAAAUUUAUAAAAACAACUUUUUCUCAAUAACAACUAUUAUCGCAAAUUUUUAUCCAUUCUUUCUUCUUAUAUAUUCUUACUUUACACAGAAUUUUUCUUGUGAUUAAAAUGUUAUUUGCAAUGGUGAAUAUACAACGAUAUUACUCUGUUACUGUAAAGCAUACUAAAUUCAAUGUCUCUGUUAUUUUAAAUACAAUAUUACUGAAAAAAUACUUUUCAAAUAUUAAUUAUAUUUAAUGAUAUUUUAAAAGGAAUUUAUACUCAUAACAAUUUUUUUUUAUUUUAAAUCUGAACAUCAUUAAAACAAUUUAUGAAUGGGGUUUUUGUUCAUGUAAUGGAUUUUUAUAUCAUAACAAAUAUUUAUUUUCUUCUUAUUUCAACCAUCAAAACUAAAAUUGUAAUUAGUCAUGACUUUUAGAAGAAUAUUCUUGCUAUAAAAAUUUUAAAUCAAUUUUAUGUGUUCAGCAAUAAAAUACUUUCAAAUCAA